AUGCCCGCCGCCGCCGCAGCAUCGCAGCGACACUCCUUCGUGCUCCACGUCCCGCGUCACGAUUUCUCCUUGACGAAAGGCACCGACAUCCCUGCUCCGCCUGACUCGCCUCCAACGUCCAUUGGAGAGCCGCGUCAAUCGACUCCUCCCACAUCACUCGGAGGCCCUUUGACAUCACAUCCUACCAACGAUUCAAUCCCUAAGCCCAUGAUGCAUAUCCCAGGCGCAUUUCCACCCAGUCCUACCCUCACCGGUCACCUCAAGCACUCGACCGACACCAACACCACCUCCAUCAACAGAGACGACACCCCACAGUCACCGACAUCUCCAACUUCCGAAACCAACAUGCCGUCAUCGCCAUCGCAGCGUAGGCCGCCCAGUGUGCGACGCUUGUUCAGCCUGACCAGCUUGCGCCAGUCCUUCAGCAGCUCGCGCACUUCAUUCAGUCUCAAUCAGAAUCAGCGCCCCGACACUUCCAAUGGCAGCUUUGUGCAGCGUGCCGAGUCGCCAUCCAUCAUGUCGACCACGCCAUCCGCCGCCCAAACACCUUUCUUCCUUUCGUCGAGUAAGAACCGACCAGGAACUUCAGCUAGUCUCCGCAAGAGGCGAUCCAGCAAUUGGUUCAAGCGUAAGAGCGGCUUCUUCACCAACACCGACGACCUCGAUGUCCUCAGCGAAGACGGCCCAGAGCAUAAGCGGUUUAAGGAUGCCCAUUCUUUGCCCGUCCUGCCAGAGAUAGGCACUCUGAGCGGCGGAGAGCUGGAUGGCGGUAACAUCGGCUGGGACGAGCAUCUCUUCGAGAGGUCUAAUGGCUUCACGUAGAAGCUGUAUCGAUACCAUGGGUUACUACUUCGGCGUUAUGGGAUAGAAGCAAUGACACCAUUGCUUUGUAUUAUGAUUGAUCUACGGCUUUGCACGGAAUGAUACCACUUCUCAGACGAGAAAGUUGCGAUGGGAUACCACUUCUCUAACGAGAAAGAAAGUUGAGAUGGAGGAGAGCUGCUGUACAGUGUGACGCGUAAUGAUGGGGAGUAGCGUCGUGAAGAAGCGACGACGUAUGUGUACCUGGGAUACAGUCACACACAGCACGGGAAGAGAUACCCCAAAGGCGCUCUAGCUUUUUUUUGAGUUCAUAAGACGAGAACAUGAUGAUUACCUUCUCCUUCCCUCCC